AAAAACCUGGUUGACGCCACAAUCGCAGCGUUAGCAUGUUAAGAAUCAACAACUAAAUUUUUGCAUCGAAUUCAAUUUCCACAGCUUGCAAAUCUAAGGAAACGCAGAUGUUGAUGCCCAUUGCCAUCUUCUCUCACUGCCCAAACCUCCUCAGCGACACUUUAUGUAUGUAUGUACAGUUUGUAUAAACUCGUUUCUUGCAUUGUGUCUUUGCUGCUUGCAUCACAUCACUGACUGAUACUAAGAAUCAUGUUUCCUUAAAUAGAUAGAAAUCGUGUUUCCUCAAAAAUCUAAAACAUUAGAAUAGAUUCCACUAGUUUCCAACUCUGAAAAAAAAAAGGAUAAUGUUUUUUGGGAUCAAAAUAUUUGAUUUCUAAGUGAUCUUUCUCCGAUCAUAAUUUGCCACGCGAUCCUAGUCUUAUUUCAGUUGUAUAACUUGUAAGAGAAAAGAUAACGUUUUCACAACAAAGUUGCAAUCUUUCUGAACUCUUUUGCAAGCAAAUCUCUUCCUUUAUAAAGUUUGUAAAACCUCAUCAAGCAUCACUUUGAUGAGUUUGAUUCAUAACAAAGACAUGGCCACCACUCUUCCAAAAUCACCACCACCCUCUUCUCUCUUUGCAUCCAUAGAUAUGGGCACUAACUCCUUCAAGCUUCUCAUAGUUCGUGCCAACCCAUCUGGCCAAUUCCUCACCCUCAACCACCACAAAGAACCUGUCCUCCUUGGCCUUAACUCAACCCCAACAAACCCUUUUGCUAUCUCCAACCAAUCCCACCUCCUAGCCCUCCAAGCCCUCCAAAACUUCCAAAAACUUUUGCUUUCCCAGCAAGUAAUUCCUGACCACACUCGUUGUGUUGCCACUGCUGCAAUACGUGAGGCAACAAAUGGGAAUGAACUUGUUGAGUGUGUCAAGGAAAAGGUUGGUCUUGAAGUUGAGGUUUUGUCUGGUGAAGAGGAAGCCAGGCUUGUGUACAAGGGUGUGCUUCAGUUUUUGCCACUUGUUUAUGAGAAAUUGGUGUUGGUUAUAGAUAUUGGAGGUGGGUCCACUGAGUUUGUUGUUGGGAAGGGAGGGAAAGUUUGUUUUGGGGCUUCAUUGAAGUUGGGGCAUGUGAAUUUAACUGAAAAGUUUGUGAAACACGGUGAUCAUAAUGUUGGGGACAUGAGGGAGUUUAUUAGGUUGGUUAUAGAAGAAUCUGGGGUGGUUGAGAGAAUCAAGGAGUUUGGGGGGGUUGAGAUGGUAGUAGGGUGUUCUGGUACAAUUCGUGCAGUUGAGAAGGCAGUGUUUUAUGGAUAUGCUAAAAGUGAAAUGUUUGAGAAUGACAAUGUGGUUUUGCUUGAGGAGUGGAAGAGGGAUUGGAGGUUUAGUAGAAGGGAAUUGAGCGGUGUGGUUGAGAGGUUAUGUGAUGGGAGGGAGGGAGAGAAGGCAAGGAGAGAUAAGUUCUUUAAUAGGCGGUCAGAGUUUAUUGUGGCUGGGGCUGUGUUGUUGGAGGAGAUAUUUGAGGUGAUUGGGAUUGAGGAUAUGGAGGUUUCUGGGUAUGCAUUAGGGGAGGGUGUUAUUGCUGAGAGUUUGGGUAAGGUGUAUGGUGGUUAUGAUUUGAAUGCCAAUGUGAGGUGGAGGUCUGUCGUGCAGCUUGCAACGAGGUUUAAUAGCAAGAAGAGCAUGAGAGUUGCUGCUCAGUGUGCUGGCAUUGCAAAGGUGAUUUUUGAAGGCUUGAGAGAAUGUGAAGAGGUUGCUGCCUCCUUGAAUGAAAGGGAUCUUGAAUACCUUGAAGCUGCCUGUUUGCUUCACAGUGUUGGGCUUUUCAUGGGAAAAAAGGGUUAUCAUAAGCAGACUUAUCGAAUAAUCAUGGAUGGUGGUCAUCUUCAUGGUUAUAGUACUGAGGAGGUCAAGUUAAUGGCUCUACUCGCAAGACAUCACAGAAAGAAAUUCCCAAAAUCUGGUCAUGCUUCUUUAAUAGCAUUCUCUAAUGAGGUAAAGCAGAAAUUUCGAUCUCUUUGUGCAAUUGUACGAAUUUCUGUAGCAUUGCAGCAGCAUCAAUGCAUAAACAUUCAAGAAAUGGUCUUUUCAAUUUCACAUGAAGGUUUCAAAUUGGAAAUAGGUGAUUCGAAAGAUCAAAAUUUGCUGCCUACUACUGCACAACCUUUAGCUGUUGACACUGUGGCAGAGUUAGGGAAAGAGUUGGAAAACUUUAAAAAGGUAUUUCAGCAAGAUUUGUCUGUAGUAGUUCAUUCAAGCACUUCGGAAUCAUAGCAGUAAUAGGAAGACUUGCACAGGAGACAGCAUCACUCUAUUCUGCUACUACAAAUCAUACAAACCAUUUACUGGGUUCCAUUAGGGGUUCCAUGUUGUUGCCUUAAAAUCAGCAGUAUCUGGUAUGUAGGACCUAUUGUUCUUCACAUGAUGUAUUCUCGUGUAGCAUUUAAUGAUAAUUGAUAAUUUAUCCAUUGCUUACAAUAUUCUAAUCUAAUAGUACACUGCUCAUUGUGAUUGAUAUUGUGAUUUGUGCACAUUUGAACUAUGGAAGGAUUGUUGUGUUGCUCAAGUAGAACAAACACUCUAAAUAGACCCUUGGCAGAAAGAUAUUGGAAAUGAAUAUUGGUGUCAAAUUUACUGCCUUUUGUCCUCAUAACACAGUUCAAGUGAAAGAAUGCAUGAACUUGAUAAAUGUAAGGUAUAGUAUAAUGCAUAAAUCUUGUGUGAGUAGGUAUUUUGCACUUCUCCACGAGGCAGAAAGUUGAACUGCUCUAGUUGUGUUUAAUUACCGGAAAAGUAAGAUUUUGAGUCUUCUGAAACUUAUCUUUCACAUUGUCUUGGAUUUCAAGGAUGGAAACACUCUCCUCAACAGCUGAAUUAAGCCAAUCAUAUUGGCAUCAUUUGAGUGGAGAUUUAAUAGUGCGUGCAGUAAAUACAUAAGAUUUUCUUUUCCUUUAUUUACUCUGCCUCUCUCUCUGCUUAUUGCCUUGUACCAUCUUACCUAAAUAAUAGACAUAGCAUUAGAUGGGGAAUCAGGAUGUUAACCGCACUUAAUUGCCAAUUGGACAAUAAUAAUCUUUUGAUCUUUUGCAUACAGUUUCAUAUUAUGAUUAUCUUAUAUCUACAGUUUUUUCACUCUUGCAUCCUAGUACCACUCAAUAUGGUCCAGGUCAGGCAAGGAAUUUAGUUGGUUUUGUAGUGGAGACUGCUAAUAAACUGAAGCUAGUGUUGACCUGAACUAUUUGUAAUGCCAAGAGCCUUGUAGCUCCACAAGUGCUUCCUCGUAUUCCUCAUGGAGAUGUUUAGCAUUCCAAUCCUCACUCUCCCAACUAUUGAAUUGUCAGAAUGUGCAUAACAUCUAUUGUAUCUAAAUUCUGCCUCAAUUAAAAGCUGCUUGUCUAAGAAGAAGCCUCACUGUGAUGUUUGAAAUACCAUGACUAGGGAAAUUGUAUUUCAGAGUUGCAUCCUUGGCACAACCUUUGAAGGAAUCAUUGCUUUUUAGUUAUUGAUAGGGAAAAGCAUAAAGGUUAUUUGCCAAUAUAGU